AUGAUCACACAAUGCUCUUCUCCACAGGGACAAAGCGAGUCCAAUGGGGUGAGAUACAAACGCUUCAGAAGGAGGAUCCUCCAGAAGGGCAGCGGCCAGGGUCCUGCUGCCAGCACACCAGUGGCCCCUGGGUGGCAGUGUGAUCCAGGCUUUGAGUUUGACAACGUCUGCAGGAGGCUGGAACUGGAAUCUCCUCCCAGAGUUCAGGAGAGCAAGACUAAAGUCCAACAAGGAAACCUUCAAGAAGUGGCUUUAACUGUGGAGGACGGCAGUGGGUCAGUCGUAGCCCUGGACACCCCAAAUACCACUCAGGGGAGCCCAGUCAGAACCAGAGGACUGACUGACAUGGGAAAGUCCCCGGAACAGGUGGAGUGGGUGUGGAGGACAGCAGUUGAAGCACAGAGGAACCCUCAACUGACUGGUUUGGAGGAGAAAAGGCCCGACUUCCUGCCUUUUGCGAGUUUGACCACCGGCUCGAGUGGUGAGGGACAGUCAGUGAGGACCUUGGCGGCCCCGUCAAUCCUAAACAAUUACUACACAAGCCUUCUCGACUGCAGUUGUAAUGGCAUGAUCGCAUUGGCGCUGGGCUCAUCUGUUUACAUCUGGAAUUCAGAAACUCACUCCCUGGUGGGACAUUUGGUGCCCGGUCCAGACCCGGGCCGGCUGCACUCUAACAAUCUGUCCAUCUCAUGUCUGUGCUGGAGCCGAGACGGCAGAACUCUCUGCAUGGGGACCAGACUGGGACAAGUGCAGCUGUGGGACGUUGACCACAAGCAGAACAUGAGAUACCUGAAAUCACAUCAGUCUGGGGUGUCAGCCCUUUCUUGGAAACAGCAUCUACUAAGCAGCGGUUCUACUCUGGGACACGUCCAUCACUUUGACCUCCGGGCUCCUUCAUCCAUGGUAGGUGCAACCGUUCAGAGGGAGUCGAUCUGCAGUCUGGAGUGGUCACCGGGAGGUGACCAGCUGGCCAGUGGCUCCCCUGAUGGCCUUCUCCAUAUCUGGGAUGGGGAUGUCUCAGGGAUAAAAUGGUCACGUCAGCCAGUCAGGACAAUGGAACAGCCCAGUGCUGUUAAGGCAUUGGGAUGGUGUCCAUGGCAGAGAGAUGUUAUUGCUACAGGAGGAGGAUGGAAAGACGGCGAGCUUAGAAUCUGGAACACACAUUCUGGGACUUGCUUGACUUCCGUCAAUACAAAUUCACAGAUCUGUUCUCUUCGAUGGGCUGAAAAGAGGAAAUGUCUUGUCACGGGUCAUGGUCUUCCCCAUUGCCAAGUCACCUCCUGGAACUGGGAGUUUCCCUCGCUCACCCAAAUCUGCCAGCUCACAGGUCAUGUUGAAAGAGUUCUACACGUGGCCAUAAACCCCCAAAACACUCACAUCUUCUCUGCCGGAGCAGAUCAGCGCUUUCACAUCUGGGACCUGUAGAACUAUUUUAAUGUGGAGGCUUCCUGAUCUCUGACUCUCUGUUCUGGACUAAA